AUGCUGUUGAUACUAGCCGAGGUUCGCGCAGCUUUUGAACAACAGACAACACUGGAUGUGAAGGUUGUGCUGGAUGUCAUUCAUGAGGCGCAGUAUCUAAUGAAUUUGGAGCCUAACGUAGUGUCGAUUCCGGAACGAGCUUCAACUUACGUAUUUGGUGACAUUCAUGGUCAGUUUUAUGAUCUGAUGCAAUUGAUGGACGCCGUUGAAGUUACAGAUUUGGCAGAAAGGGAUGUUCAGCUGGUAUUUCUAGGUGACUAUGUAGACCGUGGAGCCUUUUCAUGUGAAGUCAUGCUGUAUCUAUUUCUAUUGAAGAUUCAGUUUGCUGAUAAGGUCAUUCUUCUUCGUGGAAAUCAUGAGUGUGAAUCCAUUUCAUCUUUCUAUGGGUUUCGUAAUGAAUGCCGAGUCAAGUAUGGCAUCUCGAUAUAUUACCACUUUUUAUCCAGUUUCCAGUCCAUGCCACUGACUGCGUUAUUGUCCACGUCGCGUGGAAAAAUUCUAUGUGUCCAUGGUGGACUGUCACCUGAGCUCAAGUCGAUUGAUGACAUUCAAGCCAUUGACCGACGUCGAGAGAUCCCUAUAGCUGGACUUUUGUGUGACCUCUUAUGGUCGGACCCUCAAUCUCGUGGUGUCGACGCAGAAGUCGACGCGCAAGUAUCUUGGAAGCCCAAUCAGGCUCGCGGUUGUUCCUAUUACUUCAACGCAGCAGCGACGUUCGAGUUCCUUGGCAACAACAAGGUACUCUCAUUGAUACGAGCUCAUGAAUAUGACGAUGAAGGCUUUACGUUCCAUUUCAGUUCUGAGGAAUUCCAAAAGCUGGACAAUCGGCAAGAUAAAUCCAUGCCUCCUCUUAUCACAGUGUUCUCGGCACCGAACUACUGUGACACUUACGGCAACACGGCAGCCUAUUUGCUCUUUCGAAAUGAGCCCUUUUCGUGGGAGAUCCAGCAAGUUAAGACGGUGGGACACCCUGCUCCACCGAUUGAAAGUGCUGAGAGAGGACCAGACAUGUGGCGAUUAUUCAACGAAACACUACCAUUUCUUCCAGCCAGCAAGGAAUUUUUCGUGGAGGUGUUGUGGUUGGCCCAAGGACGCCGAGCUCAAAUGGCAUGUCAGAUUACACCUCGUUCUUCGGUAGUCCCUGCUGAUGCUCGUGGCCCCAGCAAGGGCAAUUUCGCUGAGAAUGAAACUCCAGUAGAACGACGCCGGCGUAUGUCAAGUGAAAAGCAUCCACAAGCUAUCCGAAAAGUACUGGACGAUGAAGUGGACAAGUGGGAAUUAGUUGAAGACAAUACGCAACCUUUUUUGGGGACAAGGUCUCCUCCACGAAUCCAUCGCAGACCGUCUUUGAGCAGCAUGGAGGGAAAACAGACUGACGAACGGCCAAGUAUACUGACUACGCAAGAACUUGACACGAUAAAGUUGAUGUUUUCGCUGAUGGACACGGACGGUAGCUUAGAAUUGAGCGCGGCCAAAAUUUCAAAAUUUGUACUCAAUAUUUUGGGCGAAAAGAUUAGCACUGCAGAUGCUGACAGAUACUUGGAUGCUCUGGAUUACGAUCAAAACGGUGUUGUGGACUUUGCAGAUAUUCUAUCCUGGAUUGCAGUCAUGAAAGCAAACCACAACAAGUCCCAUUCAAGUAGCUUUCCGAGCUUAUCAAUUUUUCGAAAUGGUGCGCAAAUGCUGACAUGCGAGUUGAAUUUUACAAAACUCUACCUGUGGCUGGCAUUUCUGUGCAUGUUCCGGGAUAUCAUUGUUUCAAAGCAGCGGAAAAUGAUCAAGUCGUCAUUCAUUCGAUUGCUUGGUUCAGUAUCACUUGUGCUGUAUAUUUUGGGUCUUUUAUCUGGAAGAACUACUGGUCAAGAGCGUGUCUGGUCACGUUUCCUUCAUUUACGAAGUGCAGCCAUGGAUAUUAAGCAGAAAUUUUUGUGGAAGUGA